AUGCUACGGAAAGCAACUGAAGAGGAGAAUUUUAAAUUGGACAUGUUAACAAAACCAGCAGAUUUCCUAGCGCCCUAUUUAGUACCUUAUGAGAAUCGGGCAUUAUCGUAUCAAGAAUCAUGGGCAGCUUAUAAUGCAUGCUUAUACGACCUUAAAACUCGUUUUGUAGGAUUGUUAAAUAAUCUUCAACGUCAGUACGAAGAUCUUACUGUGGAAGACAAAUCGUUAAAUCGAUUUCUAAAUAAAUUUGAGGGCCAGUUUGAUAACUAUACGUAUGAGAAACUUGUACACCAAGUCAAUACCAUCGCUUUACAUAAGCGAAUGGUACAGCAGCGCCUAACCUUGACACACGAGGAAUCACAAAGAAAGUAUGAAAUUGUCAAAAGUUCCCUUUUGAAAGAUAAUCGGUUAAAUUUAAAGCAUUCAUAUUCCGAGGACUAUAAAUGA